AGUCGAAAUAUAUUUUGCUUAAAUCGUAUUACUGAAAUUUCACAUAGAAAAAAAUCUUGAAAACAAGAUGAAUGGAAGAGGAGGAUGCUGUAUAGCGAGGUACACUGGCAGCGACGCGUACGAUAUGUCUAAUGUCGGACGGAUAAUGAUGCGGUUCCGGCCAAUAGCUCCGAAGCCAGCUUUCACUAAUGGGUCAGUUUCCGGCGCCGGCGCCAACAGUUCCACAACGGAAAAUACCGACCCAUCUGUUAAAACUGGCCGUGGGAAAAGGAAACAUGCUAAAGACACAGCCAGUGGUGCUAAUAAUACGAACAAAAGGGUCUGUAACAGAAAAAUAAAAGCUUCACCGGAAAACACCGCCCCCGGUGGGUCAGUAUCGGGUGUAGAAUCGUUGGUGACACUACCGUUGUUUCCACAAGCUUCCGACGGGAAGGAGAAUAAGAAAAGAGGCGCACCCAGUUUUCCUUUAUGGUUGAGCUUUGGGAGUGGAGAGAGAGAGGAUUCAGCGGUGGUGCUUCCACCGGAGCCGCCGCGGGCGAUGGUGGGCUCAUGGGUGAAAGUGGAAAGCGUAAUCAACACUUUGCUAGACUGUUAUCGGCUCGGUAGAACCGACGAAGAGAGAAUGGUGAGCCUACAGCGUGACACGUGUCCGGGUAUCAUAUCGGACGGUCUGAACCGGGUUUUGUGGACCAAUGAGGCAUACAGGAAGAUGGUCGGUGGCGCGGCGGAGGAGGUGGUGGCGUGGCUUGUGAUGAAGGCAGAGGCAGUGGUUCCAGCCGGGAUCCCUUCGUUCACGUGCCGGGUCAGGGUGGUCACCUUCGGUAAAGACAAGAUUUCUCUUACACUGCCGUGUGAUGUUUGGAGAAUGGACUGUGGAGGGUUUGCAUGGCGGCUCGACACCACGGCCGCGCUAUCUUUAGGCAGAUAAACAAGUGAAUUAAGCUUCUUGAAAGAUCGAAGCAAAGAAAAAAAGCUAUCUUUUGAAUAUUAGUUAUAACAGAUUGACUUAUGGAUAAGCACUUCUUCUAACCCGUGUAAAACCCUAAUGAUAAUAUGAUAAUAAUUGUGAAUAUUUUUCAUUUUCUCCUUUUUAUGUCAAUAGGUGUCUUGAAUCUUGAUCUUACCGGUGUGUAAACGUUUGGCCGUGCUUAAAAGUCAUUUUUUUAAUUGUUUAAGCUGCUGAAAAUGACAGUACUGGCUGAACAUGUUUAAUAUAAUUUUGUUUUGAGCAAGGAAAUUGAAUUUUUCCGUUUGUUUUUCAA